UCCGGGAAGGUUCCAGAAGGCCCCGCCCAUCCCCCAGGACAGUUCAGCAAGGAGGACAGAGCGCCACCUCCGGGGAGGUUCCAAAGAGCCAAUGGCUACUCCCGCGGGCAAGUUCCACAAGGCUGUUCCUGUAGGACUGAUGCUUCCCUUUGCCUUACUCCUUGUCAUGGAGCUCCCAGGGAUGGAAGCCAAUGUCACUGAGGCUCAGUCUCAAUGGACCUUUAAUGUGGAAUGCUUUGAUUGUGAACUCAUAAAUACCUUCGCCUGUCAUGUUAAGAGACGAUGUGUUUAUGCGUUUAGACGGUGUAUGACAGUCUCCAUUCGUGUGAGCCCUCGUGAGCUACUGGUUUUCAAGAACUGUACUUGGAACUGCACAUUUGUAUAUACAGCCCUACAGCCACCUGAAACUCCAAGACAAAAGUUGAAAACGAAUAGUUUCUAUUUUACUCAUUGUUGUAAUGGCAUGGGAUGCAAUGAUGCAGGACCUACUAAUGUAGAGAGGGACAUAGAGGACGCUGUAUUGGAGGAUGAGGUAAUAAGUGAGAGUGUACGUUUGAUGGCAUCAGCAUUUUUCCUGAUUUUUGCUUCCAUUGUUGCCACCAAUACACUGAUGAGAGAAACCCUCCUUGGAGGAGUCUGAUAGCCUUCCCUUUCCUCAGACCAGUUUUACAUUCCAUUGUCCCCUUGAGACACUUCCAGUCUCCCAGCUUAACCAUGUAUG